AAAGGAACAGGAUUUGAGACAGCCCAGGGUUUCCUCUUCAAGUAGGUUUAAAACUUUUCUUUUUUUUUUCUCACAACUUCCUUCCUGUUCUAACUGCCAGUGCUCAGAAGUCAGCCUUGAGAGACAGAGGCACCCAGGACGGAGACGUGAACCCUUGAAUAUCAAAAUGACUGAAAAGGCCCCAGAACCACACCUGGAGGAGGAUGAAGAGCUGGAUGGCAAGCUCAAUUACAAGCCUCCACCACAGAAGUCCCUGAAGGAGCUGCAGGAGAUGGACAAAGAUGAUGAAAGUCUAGCGAAGUACAAGAAAACGCUCCUGGGGGACGGGCCUGUGGUAGCAGACCCAACAGCCCCCAAUGUCACUGUCACCCGUCUUACCCUGGUUUGUGAAAGUGCCCCAGGACCCAUCACCAUGGACCUCACUGGGGAUCUGGAAGCCCUCAAAAAAGAAACCUUUGUGCUAAAGGAAGGUGUUGAAUAUAGAGUCAAAAUUAACUUCAAAGUGAACAGGGAUAUUGUGUCAGGACUGAAAUAUGUUCAACACACCUACCGGACGGGGGUGAAAGGUAAAGGGAGAAGUGAACGGUGGAAGGCUGAUGGAAGCACUUGUAAAGUUCCCUUUUACCUGAAGGUGUCAAACGGCAUCCCCCGGAAGUGUGAAACAAUAAUGUGUAGGUCAGUUCCUCCAAAUGGAUCAAUGAGGGCUAGGGAAGGCACUGAUCAAUUUGCAUGACAUAGAGAACCACUCAGUGACUCAAAUGCCACAGAAGAUUGUUAACCUGAAAGAUCUUGGUUGAUCGUUCCAAUAUCUAGUCUCAUGAAAAAAUAGUUCAGUUUAUUAUUUUCCUUUGGGCAUAAAGACUGUGGUACUUCAGUCGGGCAAGAGGUCGAUGAGGUGUCUGUAGCGGUUCCUCCAAGCUUAUUCAAAACAACAGCUAACUAAAUGUCACCUGCCUGCCUACCUACCUUUACUUAUACUUUCUAAUCCCUACUAUUCUUAAUAUAUAAUCCAGUUACCUAUUAAUAACUUUGGUUGGCUAUUUUUACCAUCUGUCCCAGUUCAUCACUAUUUUUUGCUUUUACCAAAUGAUUGGGUUUUCCUUUCCAUUUAAUUAUUCCAUCCAUGAAUUCUGUUCAUUCUGAUCCCCAGCUGUUACCUUAUCUCCUCCAACUGUUCACAGAAUGAUAGUUUGUAUAUAGAAGACCCUUGGAGUUCAUUAUAUAGAAAAGAAAGAGAGGCUCCAAAGUGUUAGGUAGUUGCAGAGCUGAAGCCAGAACUCAGGUCUCAACUAGUUUGAGAUAUUUUUUUAUGGAGAUAGAAUUGACAUAUAACAUUGCAUCAUUUUGAGGCUUAUAGCAUAAUGAUCCGAUAUAUGUAUAUACGGCAGAAUGAUUACCAAAAGUUUAGUUAAUACCCAUCACCACACAUAGUUACCAUGCUUUUUUCUUGUGUUGAGAACUUUUAAUACCAACUCUCUCAGCAACUUCCAAAUCUACACUAGAGUACUGUUAACGAUGGUCACCAUGCUGUGCAUUCCAUCCCCAGGACUUAUCUUAUAACUGGAAGUUUGUACCUUUUGACACCUGGGAUUUUUUUUUAUGGUAUAAUCUGCUACAUCUCCAUGAAAAGAGUCUAGAUCCCCAUGGAUUUAGGGCACUGAUUCCCCACCUUCCUGAAUCUCAAAAUCAGCUGUAAUGUGUUUUAAAGACACCGAUGCUUGGGACCCACAGCAGAUCACUAACCUUUGGGAGUGGGUCAAAGCAUAGUGUAUUAUUCAAAAGAACUCCAAUUAAAAAAAAAAAUGUUUUUAGGAGAAAAAAAAAAGUUGCCCCAGGUAAAUCUGGUGUUUAGCCAUGAUUGGAAACCAUUGCUCUUGGCUUUGAUCACAGGGAGCUGUGCUCCAAAUUCUUUAGUGUGCAGUGUUUGUUUUC